AUAAACCAAGGUUCUCUUGCUCAGACAAAUAUCCUCUCACCACAUGAUCACUUUGCUUCACACUAGCAAGCUUCCCUCACACACAGUAGCAAGAACCCAGCAGCAGGUUGAGCAAAGCAAAACAGUUCAAAGAUUUCCUAGAACCAGCAGCAGCAGAUAGAGCAGAUUGCAAUCUCCUAAUUACAGGACCACUUUCCAGCUGGCUAUCAGCCAGUUUCCACUCAUACUUCACUUUCACACCCCCGUAGAAUUCCUCGUUUGCUUCCGCUAUAGUACAGCCGCGUCAGCAAUGACGCUCGUCAACAGCCCGCGCAGACUCCUCAUCAGCAGCAGACCGCCAGCCUUACGCAGCGCGGCGGGGGCGGGCGCGAACCUAGACUCCGGGUGCAGGUGGGAGGAGAUUAACUUCGACACGGCAGCCGCGCCUGCGAAAGCGCGAGUCUGGAGACAGAGUGGGGGAUUUCCCUACAGUGCCGCGUCCUCUCCUGCCUCUCCUGCGUCUGCUCGCUCGGAACCGACCGAGACGCGAGACCGUGGCGACAGCCGCGCCAGUUGCGACAGUCGCGCCCGUCGCGCCAGUUGCGACGGUCGCGCUGGCCCUGCGACCCGGAGCGGCCCGAUGUGGCCAGCAGAGCUCAGGCGGAUAUCGACUCGUUAUCGGACGAUCGUGAUUCGAGCGCCGAUGCGGCUCGCGACGAACCAGAGCCGCCGUUGGAUAACGAUCAUCUCGAGAACGGCGGCGGAGGCCGCGGCGGCGGCGGAGGCGAUGUCGCCGGGUCGGAAGCCGCCAUGAGCGAGCGCGAGCAGCGCUUUCUGCAGCAGCUUCGUCGAAACUCCCUCGCUACGCGAGAGCGGAUAUUAACGAACGUCGCCGACGUGUGGAUUUCGCACCAGGAGUCGGAGUCGUGGCUCGGGCAGCUCGAAAAACUCGCCGCAGCGCAGCAGCGAAAUGGCGACGGCGACAAACCCCUCUCCGUAGCGACUCGUUACGGCCAACAGCAGCAUGCCACGUGGCGAACCGGCAGAGCCUUUCGGAAGCCGCACGCAGUGGGGGACAGCAGCAACAGCCGACGGGGGAUCUAGAGGCGGGGGAGAGCCAAGACGCGCACCAGCCACGCGGAUGCGCACGCUCAAGCGGAGCGGGGGAAGCGCCACUUUCGCGCAACUUGGGCAUCUGCCUCCGCAGACGGAGGAGCAGAAUAGCGGAGCCCGCGCGCGGGAAUUUCGCGGACUAGCAGCGCCUCUAGCGCCAGCAGCACCAGCAUCGUCAGCGGCGGCAGCAGCAGCGGCACUAGCGGCGGUGGCGGCCGACCGAUCCUCGUUUCCCGCGCGCUGUCCCGCGCGUCGUGGCUGUUCGGCUCCGCGACUAGAUCCGCACAAGAGCGCAGCACAAGCAGGCUCGGCGGCGUAUCUCCGCGCGGUUCCUCGUGACUCGCGCGCUGCGCUAACCAUUGCCUGACCUCUCCUCCCCUCACCCCCGGCUCACCCAGCGAGAACUUUCCCCCCCUUCCCUUCAUCCGCAGCAGUGCUUGCAUGCGUUUGCACCUGACUGACAGUCUUACGUUUGAGGGUUCCUAUUUUGGGAAAUUUUGUAGCCAUGAAGCUUACACUGGUGGGACCAUUAGAUUCCUAGACUUCUCUUUUUGUUUGAUGUACUAACACUUGAUAAAUUAUCUAUUUACCA